AGCCUCGCACGGCGCGCAGGACCCGUGCCGUUCCCGGCACUCGGGCAAGUGCUCAACCUGAAUGUGACAGUUAACAAAGCGCAGUAGUGCCCAGCUUUCCGUCGGUAGCGUAGUGUGUCUCUGUAACAAAUCUUGCUUGGUGAAGAGUAGGCAGAGGCUCAAAGCUCUGUUUAAACAUUGAUUGUACUGUCUGUGAUACUCACUGCGUUUGUGCAAUCUGAUGUGCAUUAAUGUGUUACUACUUUACAGAGUGGGAAGCUUGCUAAGCUGCUUUGAUAUACUGGCAGGUGUGUUUUGCAAAUUCUGUCUCUGCAUGUUGAAGUAUUGAGGGAGUGUCCCUGGAACAGUUGAGGUGCUGUUUUGAGUGGUCUACAGAUAUGCAGGAAAAUAGUAUUGAGUCUUAAUUUCUUCAUAUAAAAGUUAUUUAUAUGUUGUUUUGCGUAGGGGUUUUAGCUGGCAUCAGUGUGGGUGUGUAUGUACCUAUUACAAAGAAAAUAGCAAAUUACAUGCAUUAGUAGAUGUUUUCUGUGAACAUAUCUUUGCCUGUUAGCGAGCUCUCUGGAGUGGGACAGUACGUCAGUGUACAGGCAUACACGCAUGCUUGCAUAGCUGCAUGUGGAAAUCGUGGAUGGCAGAAGCCUGCAGUUACAGAGAUCUCAGUGGGAGUGAUGGAGAGGGUCAGUGAUAGGGAAAAGGACUUGCGGCUUGUACCAGUGAUUGGCAGACUUCUGACACGGCUCGUCCUGAAUACAGCAAGAGUCCUUGGAGCAUUUCCAGGAGGGGUGUAGUGAGGGCUGCAGAACCAAUGCCCUGUUCUGUGACGGGUAGUAGAAUUGUGCAGUACCGAUUCUCCUUCCUUCCUUUUUCCACAUCAUCUCCCUUACUGAAAGCUUCUCCUCCCACUACCCUGCUGCUGUUGGUGUAUUCUGUCUUAAGUGCUGUACUUGCUGUUACUCAUUUUUUCUGCCCCCCCCUUGAGGAAGAGUGCUUGUUGGAAUAAUGAAGAUGGAGGAGGGUGGCUCUCACUGUGACUUUGAAAUGGAGGGAAGUGAGGCAAUGGCAGGGCAAUCACUGAAAUUUAAGUUCUUGUGUAACAGUGCCAACAUUGUAGCAUGGCUUUCUUUAUAAUCUCUUUGAUGAGCCUUAUGCUGCUGAUUUGGCCACCAGGCAUGCAUAAUCGUGUGCAAAUACAGUAUAUUAUGGUAAAGUCAGAUGAACUGAGUAUUCUCUGCUUGCCCUAGUUUUAAGUUUAAUACAAAUUUACUGUACUUACAUGUGCUGUUGGGCUUUUAUUUUUUUGUAUUCCAUACUUGCAUUACACUUAAACAGUUGUUUUUAGGUAGUGUGAUAGUAUGGGAAGGAACAUUUGAGGAGGAAGGAAAGGAUAACUUUCAAACCAUUCUAUAGGUAAUUCUAGUAAGCUUGAGGAAGUGACCUUUAGUCACAUUUAGUAGAUGAUAUAAAUGAAUGAGACACCUUUCCAACAAACGUCUAAAUAUCUGCUGCAGGUUACAUCAAGUUUAAGGCAAGGAACCGAUCAUUUAAAGUGCUUCAGUUAAAAAAGAAAGCCAAAAAACCUGCAUUGCAUUGAUUAAACAUUUUUCCAGAUAUGUUUGAGUAGGUCUUAUUUUUAACUAUUAUCUUUCUUUGAAUAGCUGUUCCUAGUCAAAGGCUGAAUAUAAUAGUUAUUCUGAAACUACAAUGUAAAAAAUAAUAUCUGCAGAGCUGUAUUUUCAGAUAUGGCAAUAUAGGAUACUACCAAACAUGCAUUUCUUGUCUGACAAAAUAAUGGAGACACUCUGUUAGCAUUUUGGUUUUUAAAGAUAAAAUCAGUAUUUAUUCAGUGAAAUCUGUAAUACUUUUAAAAAAUCUGCUCCCCCUCCCCAUCUAUAUUUUUAAAAGGCAGUUUAAUAUUUGUUGGCAGGUCAGGUUGUGGUGUGGCUUUCUGUUGUUUUUUUCCAAGUGAGCUAACUUAAAACGGGAGAUAAGAGAACUUUGAAAAUGAAACUUUGAUUUUGGUUGGUGAGAAGAUGCAAAUAAAAAUACAGAGAAAUAAAGUGCAAAUAUAAGGAAAACAUUCUGUUAUCUUAGUAGCCAACUAAAGAAUAAAAAUUAUUUGGUUUAUGGUAUGCAUCAUCUUCUUUACAUGUGUCUCACGGUUUCAUCUUUUGAUGAGUAGUGACAGUAAACUUUGUGCUGGCCAGGAGCAUCAGAGUGCUGAAGGAGGUUGGAGGGAAGCGUUCAUCUAUGAUUCCAUCCAUUGCAGAUUGGAAAUAAAUAUUUCCAGGAAACUUUGCCCUUCAAGAACGUAUUUCCAUCAGCAUAUUUAAGUGACAGAGAAACAAGGAGGAUAGCAUUGUGAUAAAAAUGGAAGUUGACGUAAAUGGAGAGGCCAGAAGUACCCUGUCUACCCUCCCUGUGCCUCUUGCUGAGGUGAGUCCUGUGGGCAGAAUGGAAGCAGAGAAGCCCCGCUGUUCCAGCACCCCCUGCUCACCAAUGCGGCGGACAGUUGCAGGAUAUCAGAUCCUUCACAUGGAUUCUAAUUACCUGGUUGGCUUCACAACUGGAGAGGAGCUGCUGAAAUUAGCCCAGAAGUGUACAGGAAGUGAAGAGAAUAAAGGGGAAUCUGGGCCAAACUGGCAUUCCAAACAGCUUGAUUCUGGACUUACGCGUUCCUCCCGUUUGUACAAAACUAGAAGUAGGUACUAUCAGCCAUAUGAGAUCCCAGCAGUAAAUGGAAGGAGGAGACGACGGAUGCCCAGCUCAGGGGAUAAAUGCACUAAGGCUUUGCCUUAUGAACCUUACAAGGCACUUCAUGGUCCCCUGCCUCUUUGCCUUUUAAAAGGUAAAAGGACUCACUCAAAAUCUCUGGACUACCUCAAUUUAGAUAAAAUGAGUAUUAAGGAACCUGCUGACACAGAAGUGCUACAAUACCAGCUCCAACACCUUACGCUUAGAGGGGACCGUAUGUUUGCAAGAAAUAACACAUGAGCUAUCAUCCUGUUAGAACCAAUUUCUGAUUAUUUCUCUGUUGCUGUGAAAAUCCACUGUUGUACUGUGUACAUGACUGUCCACGCUGUAGGCAGUUGUAUCAGCUAAAUGUUAUCAAAAAGUAACCUUAUUUUAAUAGAAUCUUGUCAAUGCAGUGCAUUACAACUACUUGGAGAGAGAAAUCUUUCCUGAGCAAGCAGCUUCUGAUGCAAAUUUGACUGCAGCUGGUGAAUAUUUCUUUGGACAUCUUGUCCAGGUUUCAACUGGGAUAGAGUUAAUUUUCUUUUUGUUAGCUGAUGCAGUGCUAUGGUUUGAUUUGGUGUAAGAACAAUGUUGAUAACAUACUAAUGUUUUUAGCUGUUGCUAGGUAAUCUCUACUAAAUCAAGGACUUCCAGUUUCUCAGGCCCUGCCAGUGAGAAAGCUGGAGGGGCACAGGAAAUUGAGAGGGGACACAGACAGGACAGUGACCACAACUAGCCAAAGUUGGAUAUUCCAUACUGUAGAACAUCAUGCCAAGUAUAUAAACUGGGGGGAGUUGGCUGGGGCCUGUGGAUCACUGCGCAGAGACUGGCUCGGCAUCAGUCAGCAGGUAGUGAGCAAUUGUACUGUGCAUUACUUGAGUUUUUUUCCCCCUCUUUCCCUUUGGGUUUUAUUCCUCUCCCCUUCUCCCUCCUCUUCAUUACAGCUGUUAUUAUUAUUUUUAUUAUUAGUGUUUAGUUUAUUUUAUUUCAAUCAUUAAAUUGUUCUUACCUCAACGCUCCAGUUUUACCUUUUCCCUCAAUUUCUCUCCCCAUCCUUUGGAGUCUGGGGGAGUGAGCGAGCAGCUGCAUGGUACCGAGUUGCUGGCUUGGUUAAACCAUGACACACCUUUUGAUAAAGAAAAAAAAGUGUUUGAUUUUUGGGUUUGGGAAGUUUGGGUUUUUUGUAGUUAGAUCUAGUAUUUACAGCAAUUUAACACUGGAAAAAUUGGUGAUGUCUGCCUCGUUGCGAAUUUUGGCUUGAUGUUAGAAAUCGCUCUUGGAUAAGUACUCAAGUUUAGGAAGUUUUUGGCUUUAGUUCAUGUUCCUGUAUUCUACAGGAAAAUGUAGAAAAAGGUGAAGUUUUUUGCUUGGUCUAUAUUUUUUUUUUUUACAUAAUUGAGAAGAAAAUUAGCUUGGCUAAAUUGGAUCACUUGCUAGUUAAACAAUCCAAUUCAAACACUUUCAAACCGUGCUGUCACUGGUGAUGGUGAGAUUCACUCAUAAAGCAAACUUCUGCUGCUUGAAUCCUGUUAAAUUAUUUUUUAGUUUGUGUACUGAAGUAAUUGCUUUACCUCCUCUGUUCUGUAAAACUUGUUCAGGGUAUUUGGUUUAUUAAAACCAAACCUUUUGGGGAUUGAAAUUUUUUUGUCAUUGUUAGUGGGAUUUAUUUUUUACACUGUAUUGACACGCAAACAAGGAUUUACUGCAGAUUCCAGUAAAUACACUGGAAUGGCCACAUUGGUAUGCCAAUAAUGUUUUUAAUUCUAAUUCAUUAUUUCUUUAUCAUUUAUAGUAAUGGAAGGUGUCAGAUAACUUCAGCAUUGAUUUGGAAGUGCACUUGAUUUGAAGCACUGAACACCUGAGGUCUGGAAGGCUGAUUAUUUUUUUUUUUUAGUUAGUUGUUUGGUGGGUUUUUUUGGAUGGAGUGCAGGUGAAGUAUUUCGGUAUUAGCAUUGAAGAGAUUAUCCUGGAUUAUACAACAGAGUAGAUUGAAUACAUUGGGUUACUUUUGUUAAGAUUUUUUUUAUUCAAACAUGACAUUAAAUGCAGUUUUGACAGCUGUAUUACUAGAUGUGUUUAAAACAUUAUAGUAACAUGUUUAAAAAUGAAAAAUAGUUUUCAGAUCUUUUUUUAGGUGCAGUCUUUUACUAGAGCAGUGUGCAACUUGGUUUUGCUGAUGACUGCUGCAGAAGUUAAAAAUGAGAUCACAUUGUUUUGAAACAUAAAUUAGUUCAUCAGCUAUUUCUGGUAGAAUUAAGAUAUUUUUUGUUUGUUGGUUGGUUUAUAAUUCAGAAUUAAUAGAAGGCACUAGUAUAGUGAAAUUCACUGUGGAAAACGAAGAGGAGUUCUCAUUCUGUCACUGCUUCCACAGUUGUAAAUGAAGGCAGCCCAGUAGCCUGCAUUUUGCUGGUUUGGUUUUGUGUUUUUUUUUUGAGUUAUUGUAAUAUCUGCAACGAAGUGAUGUGUUUUCUGAAAGUUAACUACACCUGUGUAAAUUUAAUGCAUUGAACAAUGAUCUUGAAAGUAAAAUCUUCCUAUAUAGUCUUUAGUUUGAAAAACAGAACAUGGUCAAAUGCCAAAGAGAUGGGGAUUUUGUUUAAGGAAUAAACACCACUGUUUAUUGAAAUACUCUAUGAAACUGUAUUUCUGGCUGCAAAAUAAAAAGGGUGGUAUAAAAGUC